GCUUCGCGGGCCUCGUCUCAGCCCAAGCCCCUCCCGGAUCCCGGGCCCUAGAUGCCCUUCGAUUCCAGUUGGUCAUCCCCGUGUGCUUUGGUGGAAGAGAAAGCGGUGUGUUAGUCGACAAUCACGCCUGUGCAGGGUCCCAGCCAUACCCCCGGAGUCCGUCGGGAGUUAAGGAUCCUGAGGCAAUAGCCGAAGUGGGGGCAGGUCUGCCGUGGGCCUGGUCGAGUGGCUUGGUCUGAGCCCUCAGCGGUGAUGAAGAGCCAAUUCUGGAGGCCUGUGGCGCCUCUGGCCACUGACCCUCAUGUCCCGGCUCAGGCUCCCCAAUCCUUCAGUCACGAAACAAGAGCUGAGGAGAAGGAACAUGGACAAGGGAGGUCAAGGUCGUGCCUACGCUUGAGCGUCUGGGUGGAUGGUGAGUGGGAGCUGGAAAGAGAGUUUUGAGCCGGAGAGAGGCUAACCCUGUCUGUCUGCGUGUAAGCGCAGCCCCCGUCGGGGAGGGUGUGUGAAAUGAGAAAGGGGACCUGGGCGCGAACCCCAGGAAACAGCAGGAAGAAACAGGCUGAGGAAGAGGGACCGGAACAGAGACCGCAGGGGAGGUGCAGGUGGAGGCGUGGCAUCCCAGGGCCGUGGAAGCAUGGCGUUCCUGAUGAAGGACGUGGGCCGGCCCCCGCGGGUUGCAGAGAGGUCCAUUGGAGGCGGUGCCAAGGGGGACGCUGGUGGCCUUGGCAAGAAGGGUGUCAGGGAGCAGUGGGGGCUGGAGCCAGAGCGGCUUCGAGGGAGUGGACGUGAGGAAGUGCGCAUGCGUCACUGGCAUCGGGCUACCCUGUUCUGGGCUCCUGUCCUGUGUCCCUGACUCGGGUUGACUUCUAGGGAAGGAAUUUCAAAAGAUCUAAGCAAGGCCUCUGGCAGCCUCGCUGCCCAGUACCCGACAUCGUGACCUGUUUCUGGUGCCCUGCUGGGUGACGGGCACAGCCCAGGUGCCCGGGAUGCAGAGACAUGGGCUCCACGCCUCCUGGCCUGAGCUGACGGCACCUGGCGCCUGCGCGUCUUCCAGGGAGACCUGCUUGACUUCUUGGCCAGGUUGGCCCCCGCCUUGGGGACUCACAGCUGCAAGCGGCGCCCCUUCUUUCCUGCACCUCCUUGUUGUGCAGCCCGGGCCCAUCUUCUCAUUUCCUCACGUUCCCAAGCAUGUUGGACGUAGAACAAGGCGGGAAGCCCCCCAAGAGACAGACAUCUCCAGGAUCAGUGGGGCAGGGGCUGGCUGUGUGCACCGACUCCUCCGUGACCAGACCCGGGAGCCCAGCUGCGUCCCUGGCUUCUCCUCGCUCCAAGUUUAAAACCAGGGCCACCAACACCUCUCACGGACUUGGCUGGAGUGCUGGGGUGCGCCUGCUGGAGACCAAGGUCAAACUUGAGUUUGUAGAUAUAGAAGAGAGAGCUGACAGUGGCCACAGCGAGAUCGAACUGUCUGCCUCCCAGGAGGGGAGUGAGAGGGAUCUGCCCCUACGGAGGAAGAGACCUCACCCCCUUCCCAGUCCCUCGUCCGUCCCCGCACCUGACCGAGUUUUCCUGGAGGCGCAGGAGGAAGACACCCUCGGCCUAUGUGUCCACCGUGAGGCGAGCAAAGCCUGCUCCCUGGGAAGGCCCGGUCUGCACCCAGCUGCCUCCUGUGGAAAGCACCAGGCCAGCCCUGGGCGGAGUAAGCCGAAGGGAAACUCUGGCCUCUAUAGCCUCAAAUGUGUGCCUGGGCGGGAGCCCCCUGGGCAGCCCGAGAAGAAGGUGCCCAAGCAGAAGGCGCAUGGGCAGAGGGAGGAGGGGGAGCCGGCAGGAAAGAAGUCAAGGGCCCCAGUGCUCAGCUCCGGCCGGUCCCCCUCGACCCCAGCGCCGCUCCAUGCAGCCAGUCCGGACUGGCCAGAGGUGGGCCAGCCCGGCGAGAACGAGAAGGCAAAGCACGCCGACCUCCUCAUCGCCCAUCUGGCCAGAGAGGUGCGCCGCCUCAAGAAGUGGAAGAAGAGACACUUGCUUACGGCCGUCGGGGACAAGUCGCCGCUGGGGAGCCUCCAGAAGCCACCAGGCCUGAAGAAGCUGGUCAGAACGCUCAAAGCAGAGACCAAGGGCUGGGCGUGUCCUGGGCAGCCCCCCGGGCCCCCGGACCCCACGGUUCACAAGGCCUCGUCUGAUCUCAGACGAUUCUUUACCAUUGACUGCAAGAACGUGUGCCGCGUCACCUGCACUCUGUGUCACGCCAUCAUCAGGCAGGGCACAUUUAAGGGGCACUUCCAAACCUCAGGCCUGGUCUGUCACUUGGUGAGUAAGCACGGACUCGAGGGAGAGAGGAGGCCAACUGCAGCCAGCCCGGGGGAAAAGGAGGGAGGGGCCCGGGGGAAAAAGCACAAGGGCCCGCCUGCCCGGAUCGCCGGCCUUGCCCCCGGGGGGCCGCUGUCACCGAGACACCGUGCAGAAGCCUCCUCCCCGGUGGACGGUGGCAGGCAGCUGGCCGCCGGCGGGCCUGAGCAGUGGUCACCUGCUCCGCCGCUCUCGCCCCCCUCCUGCCAGGAUGAACCUGCCACCUGCCCGCUGGUGGUCAGGGAGGGCCAGGGCGGUGUGUCUGCCCCCAGCCAGCCCCGGACACAGGCCUGGACCCGCAGCAUCGCCGAGCUGCUCUGCAGCCUCGCGUUGCCACUGUCCUUCAUUUCGUCGCCACCUUUCAAAAGGUUCAUGGCCCAGGUCGACCCUUGCUACCACGUGCCGCCUCCUGCCUUCUUUUCCGGUAGAGCCCUGCCCCUGCUCCGUGAGGCGAUCGACGAGCAGGUGUGUCGGGAGAUGCGGCGGGCCAAGGGCAGCUGCGUCCACCUCACGGUGUCCACCGCCGCCCGGGACUCGGAGGUGGACUACGUGGCUGUCACCGCCCACUGGGGAGCAGGACAGCUGGACAGCCAGCGGGAGGCGUCGGGGGGCCUGAGGAGGCAGGCUGUACUGUGGGUUCGAGGCCUGCCCGAGGGGAGCUCUCCGGACGAGCGGCAGCAGGAGCUGCGGGAGCAGGUGGGCCUGUGGCUAAGCCGCAGCUCCCUGCAGCCCGGCUUCCUGGUGUCGGGCGGCUGCCUCAGCCUGGAGCCGGCAGUGAGGGUGGAGGGCUACACCCAGCUGCCCUGCUUCGCCCACCGCCUCGACUCCCUGGUCGGGAGCUUUCUGCGCCACCAUCAAAGCGUCCAGCUCAUCCUGGGGACGGUCCGGGCCAUCUGCGGCCACUUCCAGGGCUCCGCGGAGGCGCGGCAGCUGCUGGGCCAGCUGCAGCAGCAGUGCGGCCUCCCGGCCCGGCAGCCCUUCUGGGAGCUCUCGGAGCACUGGGCGUCCGCCUGCCGCCUGCUGGAGUGGCUGGUGGAGCAGCAGCAGCCGCUGCAGGAGUACGAGCGGAAGCACCAGCUGGGCAAGGCCGGCGCCGCCCUGUCGGCCACGUUCUGGAGCCUGACACGCAGUCUGGUCACGCUCCUGCAGCCCUUCUGGGUGGCGGUCCGGGAGGCGAGCGCUGCGCGGGCCUCCCUUAGCCAGGUGCUGCCGCAGCUCCGCUACCUGCAUAUCUUCCUGGAGCAGGCGAGCAGGCACUUCGAGGAGCAGGGCGGCGGGGAGGCGGGGGCGGCCAUCCGGCUGGCCAGGGGCCUGGCCCUGCAGCUCUCCGCAGACUGCCAGCUCGAGGAGCUCUUCCACCACAAGGAGCUGGUGCUGGCGACCCUCCUGGACCCCCGCUUCAAGGGCAAGAUCGAGUCCAUCCUGCCCGCAGGGGCCGACAUUGACCACUGGAAGCAGGUGCUCGUGUACAAGGUGAAGGAGAUCAUGGUGUCUGAUGGCCCCCUGCCUCCCUCGCCCUCGAUGCACAGCCCCAGGCCGAGGGGCCGAGGGGCCAGGGGCCAAGGGGCCGAGGGCCGGGGCCAGAAAGGGCCCGGGUGGGGAGGCGGCGGCCCGAGGGCUCUGCUGCUGGGCCAGAGCCGGCAGAGCUUGCUGGAGCAGCUGGAAAGCGCGGGGCUGCUGGCGUCCGAGAGAAGCGGAGCCUCGCUCUCCACCGAGAGUCACCUGGCCAGCGUCAUGGUCAAGAAGUACCUGCGUGAGAACGAGACCGUCGGCGCCCAGGAGGACCCGCUGGCUUACUGGGAGAGGAGGCAGGAGGUCUGGCCGGCUCUGGCGAGACUGGCCACGGGCUACCUAUCCUGCCCCCCCACGGCGGCCUUCUCCGGAAGUGUCUGCGCCUCCCUGGGCAGCCCCGCCCUUGAGGAGCACAGCGCCCCUCUCCCAGUGGGGACCGUUGAGCACCUCCUCUUCUUGAAGAGCAACCUGGAGAACUUCCCCGACUACCCCGCCCCUGCCCUCAUCUUCCCAGGGGGAGACCCGGCCGAGGGGGUGCAGAACAGCGAGGUGGACCUCGUCUGACGCCCCGAAAGUCUGCCUUCGGGAAGUGUGUCCGGCAUCAGAGGGGAGGGCAUGAUGCCACUCCCCCCACCCCGGAAGCAGGACCCAGCGUAUCAGACCCACCGGCGCUGGCCUGCACAGUGUCCUCUGAGGACAGGGAGCGAGUGCACCAGGCCGGGAGCUGGUGGCAUUGGGGGAGGAAAAAAGGAAAGGGGAGGCAGGAGGCUUUGAGGCAGGCCUGUCCCCCUCACACACGACGCAGGCUUGGCCCUCGUGAGGUGCUGGGGGCCCAGGAAAGGAGGCUCGGAGGGGAAGGUAGGUAGCAGGGGUGAGGCAAAGCGCUCAGGGUCUGACUUGCACUCGGGCCCUGGCCGUGUUGUGCGCCCGGGAGGCCCGUCCCCUUGCCCCCCUCACCUCCCUUGAUCGGGUCGGCAGUCACGGGUCACCAUGCCGCAUUCACUGUGGGAGAUUUGGGAGUUGCUGGGAAUGGAAGGAAGUGGGACCUGUCGCUCAGCCUCUGCUAAUACGCAGCCGGAUGUCCUCCUCCUUUACCUGGGGCUCGUACCCUCCGUCCCGUUGAGUGGGCUGCACUUUCAUUCUAACACUGUAAUUACUGCAUCUUCGUUCUUAAAUAAAGCUUCGUAAACACGUUCA